AUGGCCAUCAAGGUGACGAAAGUCGAGAAGAAACUAGCCUAUGACAAAAAGCUAUGCAGCCUCUUGGAUGAGUACAGACAUUUGAUCAAGAAAGGAGACAAAGUGAGUUCUUCUGAGGUUGCUUUCCUAGCCAAACUUGGGAUAAGAUCCUUCUCUUACGGGCUUGUGGUUCUCUCUAUCUAUGAUAAUGGAUCUGUCUUCAGCCCAAAUUUGCUUAACUCCACUAAGGAUGACCUCAUUGGCAAGUUUGCAACUGGUGUUUCUAUGGUUGCUUCAUUGUCACUGGCUCUUUCUUAUCCGACUCUUGAAGUUGCGCCUUGGUUGAAGGAGUAUCUCAAGGAUCCAUGCAGAUUAGCUUCAAAAGUUCCCUCUUCUGUUGUAUCGGCUGAGAAUAUUGUUAUUCCUGAUGUCAAAGAAGAGGAAAAAGUUAAUCCUACUAAUGGAUCUAAUGACAAUGACUUGGACUUUAGCUUGUUUGACUAA